ACAAAACAAGUUAAACAUAGCUUCAAAUUAUAAUUAAAUUUGUUUAACAAUGUCUCUGAAGAUUUUGUUAAAGAUAAUUGUUUUACUUUGUUGUGAAUCGGUGUUAGGACAUUUUUCACAACUUAAUGAAUAUCGUUAUGACUACAAACAUAUCUCAGAAAUUGACGGAUGGAUAAAAAUACAUUUGUUUCCCACAAAAUGGAAAGACGCUCGCCUCCGUUGUCAAUUUGAAGGCGCAGUGCUGGCGUCACCAGAAACUCCAGCGUUAGCGUUGAUUUUAAAGUCAAUAGCGGCAGAGCGUUUCCCGUGCGGCUUGUACACAGGAGUCCACGCGACCUUCUCGCCAGGAGACUAUUUCUCUGUCGAAGGAACACCUAUUGCAAGAAUGCCGAUAGAAUGGGCCCCUAAUGAACCGGACAACCACGAGGGCAAAGAAGAGUGUAUAAUUCUGCAAGGUAACGGCACCGCCGCUGAUGUUGUAUGCACGGACUUAUAUCCCUACGUGUGCUACAGGAGGGGUCCAGUAACAUUAAAUGAAUGCGGCAGCGUUGACCCGGGUUACGUUUAUGAAAGAAGAACCGGCUCUUGCUAUAAGUUCCAUUACGUGGGCAGGAACUGGACGCGAGCGUUCAUGGCGUGCGCGAGCGAGGGUGCCCACCUAGCCAUCCCCAACAGCCAGUUGGAGACCACUGUGCUCGCAGAACUAUUUGGCCAACAUCCUGCUUCAAACAUAAGUGGCGUAAUAACAGACAUAGUGCACAUUGGCUUUCAGAACUGGGGAGAGAGACGAACUUGGACUACUAUUCAUGGCCAAUCACUCCAAGAGGCCGGUUACUCAACUUUCGAUCGUGCGCAGCCCGACUUCUUUGGACAUAAAGUAUUUUGUGGUGGAAUGUUCAGAAGCGGAAAACUAGACGAUUUUCAAUGCGAUGAACAGGCGCCAUUCAUCUGCGAAAAAUACCCUGACAGUUUACUUCGAAAAACACAUUCUACAUGAAUAUACUAUAUAGCAGUCUUCUUCA